AUGGCGCGCGGACGUGUCGCUGUGGUAAUUUUAAUAGCGCUAUCGUUUACGAUAAUCGAGUGCAAAGUUUACACCAGAUGUCAGUUAACACGUGAACUGUUACGGAACGGUUUCCCAAGGACGUUCCUCAGCAAUUGGGUUUGCCUUAUAGAGCAAGAGAGCGAUAGAAAUACAUCGGCUUACCAUGCUAAAACUACCAGGAGGAAGUUCUACGGAUUAUUCCAGAUCGGAAGUGAAUAUUGCAAAGAAGGUCGCAAAGGAGGCAAGUGCGACAUUUCGUGUGAAGCUCUUUUAGAUGAAGAUAUAAGAGACGACGGUGUAUGCGCUUUAAAGGUGUUUGAACAGGAGGGUUUCAAAUACUGGGCGCGCUGGGAGGCCAGGUGUAAAGGGCAAUCGCUUCCUGAUAUCGAAAAAUGCCCCGAUUGGCAGUAUCCCUCGAAUCGCGUAUCACCGCCAAGAGAUAAGAGGACACUGCGAGGUCGCAGGUCAGCAUUAAGAAGAAAACGUUCAAGCAGAAAGUUAUACAAGCAGAACAGUAUUUUU